AACAAAACAUUGCCUAGAAAUUAUUAAACAUUUCCAAGAAAGUAGUGAGAGUUAGUUGAUAUAUUAUAAACUUGUCAAAAAAACGUGCAUUAUAUUUUAUAUCUACAGUGAUUUUAGCUUACACACCCACACACCCAUAUAAACAAACAAUAUGGCGCAAUCCACAACUACUGUGGAUACGGAAACACAUAAAUUACGAACACUAAUUUUAAAUGCCCGGAAACCGUUUGUACUACGUAAUUUCAAAAUGAAUUGGCCAUGUUUUGAACACACUUUAGAAGAAUGGUGCGCAAAUUACGACAAGGAAGCGCAUGCUUUAACCGAAUUCGAGACAAUGCCUUGCGACCAAGGAAAUCAAUCGCCACAUUGGGAACGUUGUAGGCAAACUAAACAAAUGACUUUAACACAAUUUUUAGAAAAACAAAAAUCACCAAAAGAUGAUUAUUGGAUUGGCUUGAAUUAUAAAAGAGUAGAUAGUAUGCCAAAAUCACUUAGAGAUGGAAUUGAUUUUUCUAGGUUAGGUUUUAGUGAAGGCUCAAACGAUUAUAGUUUUUGGCUUUGCUCUGCAAAAACAAAUACGCCCUGUCACUAUGAUAGCUAUGGUUGCAAUAUCGUUGUACAAGUUUAUGGCAGGAAAUCUUGGCUGCUUUUUCCACCAAAAACACCUCUAACUAGCACACGAAUACCAUAUGAAGAAUCUAGUAUCUAUUGUGAAGAAAAUUUGUUUGCACCGAACCCAGAAGAACUGCAACGUUUAUCAAAAUUGCAUGAUUCAGCUUAUAGAUGCAUAUUAGAAGCUAAUGACGUGUUGAUUGUGCCGAAACACUGGUGGCAUUACGUUGAAGCCAUUGACGUAUCACUAAGCAUUAAUUAUUGGAUACCAUUAGAGAAUGACGUAAAAGAUCAGUUAAAAGAAUGCCUUGUUAAGAUAUUAAUUGAGCGCUUCUUGCAUAAAAGUAGCGAUGGAGAACAAAAAUAUGUUCUUAAUCCUAAUCAGCUGGAUGAUAUACAAGAUGAUGAUGAAAUAUUUAGUAUUCUAAAGCAUUUGUAUGAUAGUACCAACAUUGAUUGUCCUACUUUGAAAUCACGUCGGCUAAAUAUUUCACGUUGCCCUUAUCAAUAUAUCGAUGAAAAGACUUGUGAAAACCUGAUUAAAGAGCUACCUGCGGAUAUGUUGGAGUAUCUAAGGCCUAUGCCAAAAAAAGAUUAUGAAAAUUUAAUCAAUCAAAAUGCAAAACGUUUUGAUGCAUUGCAAAUAAAAGUACCUAGUAGUACCUGCCCGUUGUCGGAAAUUAAAAAGGCUUUAUUGAACAGUAUUUGUGAACCAACGGUAGUAGAGCAUAUUGUAAACGAGUUCUUUAGACGUUAUAAAUCCUAAUGAGCCACUUUAGAAGUAAAUAAAAAUGUGUCAUAAAAAAUAGAACAAACUUAAAUGA